AGUCUAGUCGCGUUUUAUUGCAACGAUACACAUUCAAUACUAAAUUGAAAAUAAAUAAAAAUAAAUUAAAAUUUCAAAGAAACUACUGCACAAAAACGCUAAUUCAUAAAAUAUUAUUUAUUUUAAAACAUUCGUUUUUAUCGUUUUAUAUUAACACUUUUAUUUGUUAAUAAACACUUAAGGAAAUGACAACAUUUGUUUAUCGCAACAGCGGCCAUAAACUAAAUAAUACUAAAACAUUGAAAAAUUAUAAUAAACAAUAUUAUAAACAAAUGAAUUUUAAAGAAUUUCAACAAAAAUCCAAAAAAAUUAAAAGGCACGAAACAAGAGAAAAUACAACUAAAAGAUAAAAAUAAAUAAGAAAUAAAUAUUCCUCAUGGUUGUAGUAUAAAAUUUGUAAAUCGAUUUUUUUAUUAUAGAACAAAACAAGAUAAACUGUGAUUUAAUGACUUUGCUUUUGUAAUUUUAUAUGUGUGCAAAAAAAAACAAAAAUAUUCACUAAAGAAUCUCCUUAAACAAAUAAAAAAAUUCAAUGCUCAGUUAAAUUUAAAAUAUUAAUAUUUAAAAAAAAAAUAUUUUGAAUGAUUCACCUUAGAAUAAUUCUGUUAAAUAAAUAAACUUAACAAAACAACUGAAAAGAAAUAUAAAAUUAUUAAAUUUUUGUGCACGUACUGUAAAAUUUACAUUGUUUAGCAAUAACAAAUAAGAAAACAAAAAAUCAACUGCCUCCAAAAUAAACAUUAUUUUAUACUUGUAUAGAACAAAAAAUUCCUCUAUACUUUUCUCCUAUACAAAAACAAACAAAAAAAUAAAAUACAUUAAACAAGUUCAAAAAGUCUUCGUUAUAAAACAACUAAAAUAAGAAACUAAAAACAAAAUAAACAAAUCAAACAGAAUUUAAGAAAAUAUAUAAAUCAGUAUUUUUACGCUCGCACUAUUUUUUAUUUAUUUGAUAUUAAAAUUGCUCAUACGCCACAUACUGCUGAACGUUCUUCAACUUUGUUGUUGUAGUUACAAAUUCGUAUUUGUAAGUGUGUCAUUCGAACGCGACCUUAUUCGAUACAAAAUUAACUUUUGUUUUUGUCACAAAAAAAAGUGUUUUAACGUUUUCGGACUAAUUUUAUAAUCGGCUUUGAAACAAAAACAAUAAUCGUCAUCCACCACCCAAGUAAAAACAGAAACAACACUACGAAAAACAUUAACUCACCUGCCUGAAUUUAACAAACAAUAUUUAGUUUAAAUUAAUUUUUUUUGUUUGUUUUGCAAAUACAUGAGUGUUUUGAGUUUUCGUGAUAUACUGCGUAAAGCCUUUUGCUGUUGUAGAUCAAAUCAAAAGGCUGGUAAUAAUGAGGAACGCCUACAAGAUUUUGAGGCCGAAGAUGAAGCCAUUUAUCACAAUCCAACCUUGGGUGAUUUGCACGAGGGUGUUAGUUUUACGGUAACGGGUAGAACUAAACGUCAUUGUGAGAGAUUUUCUAUAAAUUUUAUUGUGGAAAAUGCUACCAGAGAUUUAGCCUUACACAUUAAUCCACGUUUACCUCAAAAUUAUAUAGUACGCAAUUCAAAAGUUCGUAAUGUUUGGGGUCGUGAGGAGGUGGCCUCCGCCUUACCAUUCAGUCUUAGGCGUGGUGCACCAUUUUCCAUACAAGUUUUAUUUACCGAAGAGUGUUAUAUGAUCUCCGUGAAUGGUUAUCAUUUUUGUAAAUUCUAUCAUCGUUUACCCUACAAGAGUGUACAGACUAUGGAGGUAAAGGGUGAUAUAGACGAUGUAAGCGUAGAACGUAUGAUUGUUAGCCACUAUCCGGAACGUUUACCGGAAUCUAUACCAAAAUCUAUACGUUUGCACAAAUCUCUAAGAGCUGGUCAUGAUCCUGAUGAGGAGGGAAUUGAUUUGACGGAUCACGAAGAGCAACAGGCCACUCAAUGGCGUGAAGUUGUUGUCAAAGAUAAGAUCUGCCAUGAACCGAAUAUUUUACGCAAAGAUGAAAUGAAAUUACCCUAUUAUGGUGUUAUACCGAAAAACUCAUUUCUCUUGGGUCAUGUCAUUAAGAUUGAGGGACGUGUACGGCUAUUGCCUCAAUCCUUCUAUAUAAAUCUACAGUCCGGACAUGAUUGUUGGCCGCAUCCAACUAUAGCUUUGCAUUUAAAUCCACGUUUUAGUAAACAGAGCGUUGGUCCCAUUGGUCAGACUACGGUUAUACGUAAUUCAUGGGUUGAUGGUAAUUGGGGCACCGAGGAACGCUCCGAUAUGGAGACUACUUUUCGUCCAGGCAAAACAUUUAGUUUAUCUAUUGUUCAUGGCUCAAAUGACUCAUUUGAGAUUUAUGUUAAUCAUGAGCUCUUGACGGAAUACAAAUUUCGCUGUAGACCUGAGAAAAUUGAUACGAUUUAUAUACAGGGUGAUAUUAAGCUAUUUGAUGUGGUUUUACAGCGUAACACAUCGUUCGAAAAGAUUUCACCAAAUCGUAGAGCUAUAGAGGAUUUGUAAAUAAGCAUUUCUUACAUUCUUAACUUACAAACAAAACAAAAAUGAGCCUUAUUUAUAUAAGCUUAAGGAAUAGUUAAAAACUCUAACUGAAGAAGGGAAGGAUGAAACGAUAUGGAACACUAUAAAAACGAAUAACUAUAUAUUAUAUCUACUUUCGGAAAUUUUAAAACUAUUUUAACAAAGUUUGUGUUGUUAUUUAGUUUUUUAGGCUUUAAACAAAUUUUACUGUUAUUUAUUGGCUAUAAACAAAAAACAAAAUCUAAGAAAAAAAAAAAACACUCGAAAACGUAUUUAUAAUCCCUACUCCCUUAUUUACCAAAAAAGAAAGAACCUGCCCUCCUCCCCCCUAAAAUAUGGAUAAAUUAUAUUAUAUUUUUAUAAAUGUUACAAAAACGAAACUAUUUAAUUAUACUAAUUGAAAACGUUUUUAAAAAAAUAAGAAAAGACAAUAAAUUUACUCUCCUAUUACUUAAAUUGAAAAUCUAAUUUUAUUUUGAUUUGUAUUCAAUAAUUGCAUUAAAUGAUUAAUUGUAUCGUGUGAAAAAAUAGUAACAAAAUCUAAUAACUUUAAUAUUAAAAAAUUAUUUACUUAUACUUACAUGAAUAUUUAGAUAUGUUGUGGUAUUUACAAAAUGUUGCGUCUAUAUUUCCGUUGUAUUAACUGUAAAGAUAAAAAACAUGUAAUAAUAUUAAUCAAAUUAAACUUUUGCUCUUUUAAAUAUGUAAAUCAUGAUGUCAUGACCACUAAACUCUAUAAAUGAAAAUGUAUGAAACUGCAGACAAAAUAAGUGCAAUUUUUUUCUAAAUAUAUCUCAAAUAAAUGUUU